GGUACUUAAAAUUUAAUAUAUCACUUUAUAAAAUCCAACAAAUACCCACCAAAAGUUGAACUUCAGACACUCUUCUAUACAAUUUGUUCUGUUUUUCUAUUGAUCUCCGUGUGAACGUUAAUACCACAUCCUGCUGCAAUUAUUACACACUAUUUUUUUGUGGCAGAUACUCAAUUAGUAUUUCAUAAUUUUCAGGUAAGCGUGUAUUUGUAGUUUUCUUUUUUAUUGGUUCAUAGAAAAUGAUGAACAAUGAUGAAAGAGAAGAGGUUAAUCCACCCUUUUCGAUUCUCCAGAGAUUGGAUCGCCUUGAGCAUCAGAUGCUGUUUCUGGAAGAAAGGCACGGUUAUGGAGCACCAAAUUUGGCUGUUGUUGCUGACAAAUGUCUGAAACCAGAAGAACAGUGCAAGAGCAUGUUCUCUGCCCUUGAAGAAGUUCACCACAAAGGCUCGUUACUGGAGCGGGUAGCAGUGCUAGAAAAUCGAUUAAUUCAGCUGAGUAGGGACAUGGACUUGGAAAACACAUCAAGGUCUAGUUCUUCCAAUGCUGCAGUAACUGAAAAGUUGGGAAAUGGGUUAGGAUCAUUAGAGGCUAGGGGACCAAAUGAGGGUAUGAAUAUGAUCACCACGAUUCAAGAGAAGCAGGGUCCUUUUGUAACACAAGGUGAGGAUAGCAUUGUUCUGGAAGCUUGUUCAUUAAACUCACCAUCUUGUAGGGCACAAAGAAGACGAAUCAAGGCCAUAUCUAGAAUGGGUUGUUACAGGAUGCUCAAGUGGUUGAAAUUGGGAUGUUGAUGUUAGAUUUUGUGGCAUUGUAUCUUUCAAAAUUUCUAUAAUUCCCGGCUUAACUUGGAAGUGUUGUAAGUUGUAACCAAAUAAUUAUAUCUAUUGGCUUGAUUUCAUUCCACAAUAGAAAAACCAUAAACACAUAACCCAAGUCAUACAUUACAAAAUCGGAAUGUUCUUGAUCAAAGUGCUUCCAAGUUUCGUCAUCAUACAAUUGAACUUCUCAUGUUCUCAUAGUGCUACCUCAUUUAUCCGGUGGCUUGCAUUGAUGUAAAUAUUUUUUGUAGUCUUCAAGUUUGAAGCAAAUAUAACAUCCCUUUUGAU